AUGGGGAAGGUGAGAACAAGAAAAAAAAGGAAGAAGGAUGAUGAGGGUGAUAAGUCCGACGUAGAAACGACGUCGUCCGAAUCUGAGGUUGAAGUUUUAGAUAUUUCAAAACCUUAUUUAGUAACAGAUUACAAGAGGCGUUACCCAGAGGAUUCCGGAGCUGCAGAGUUUGUUGUUUUCGUAGAGUCCUCCAAUGCGGAGAUGCCCAUUGGAACAAGAGACCUUAUGUCCAUAUCGAGUUGCAUUAAAAGAUUCAACAAAGGUGUAAAAUACCUGAGAUCAAUGAACAAAUUUAAAAUUGCAAUAUAUUUUGAAAAGGCCAGCCUUGCAAAUGCCUUUUUGAACAACUCCACGUUCCUCAAGGAUUAUCAAUUUAAGGCUAAUAUACCAGCACAAAGCACAGAAAUUACUGGUAUUAUUAAAAAUGUGCCCACCAAUCUGACAAACAAAAAAAUCUUCACCAUGCUGUCUAGUUACAAGAAGAUCAUAUCUGUAAGGAGAUUUACAAAGAGGACAAAGAUUGACAACAAUUUUAUUCUACAGCCCCUGCAGACUGUAGCCAUCACCUUCGCGACGUCAGUACUUCCAGACUACGUCGACUUGGACGGAUGGCGGCAUGAUAUUACAGCGUAUGUUCCUCCAGUCAAGCAAUGUUUCCGGUGUCUCAGGUCCAAAGAAGCCUCUUGA